GCUUGACAGCUAGCCUGCGCACCGAGUCUCCUUGCAGCCACUGAUAAAACGGUUUUGUGCAGGGCUUUCUCCUCCAUCACUUCCUUCCUUUGAGCAAUGCGUUGUGAGGCAGGGAGGUGUGAGGAGCCCGGCUCUUCACUCCUUCAUGCUGCUCAGGAGCCAUGGCGGAGCGGACACUGAGGAGGAACCAGCCGGAGCUCAGCGGGUCUACAGCGGCGGCUCAAACCAACCAGGAUCCACGUUACCUGCAGCACAGCCACAACUAUUACUGACGGAAUACAAUGGUGACAGCUUCUAAAGUUUUAUACACAUCUUUAGCUUAUGUCACAGCUGUCCGGUUCAACUUUUCACUAACUGGCAUUUCCCUAAUGUCGAGGGGGGGUCACAGCGACGCAGAGUUUGUUCCGCUUUUCUUUUCUUGCAGUAACGUUACGUGUGUCCUGUAAAGCCAUCUGCCUCAGGCGUAAAUCUGGCGCACUGUCCCGCAGUGGCUCACUGAGCGCCUCUUUAAUAUUGCAAAGCCGAGUCACUGGAGGUUAACAUGGGGGCAAAGCAGAGCAGCCCGACUGCUAAUCCAGCUGCUAACGGACGGACCAGAGCCUACUCCGGCUCGGACCUGCCCUCCAGCACGUCCAGCAGCAAUGGCAGUAGUGUUAGCAGGACUACCGCCGGGGGUGUGAGGUACCAUGCGUACAGUGCGUCCGGAGCCUCCGGAGCCUCGUCCAGCACUAGCCAGCACCUUGGAGCCAGGGCCAGGUCUGUGGGGGGCUCCGGAGGCUCCGGGACCAGACCUCAGUCCGGUAUCAACAUUCCGAACAGCAGCGGAGCCUACAGCUCCCAGGAGUCCGGCGGCAGCAGCCCGGAGGAGGCGGCGGACAGGGAGCGCUCAGGCGGAGGGCACGAAGGUCCCCGGCUGUUGAUAGGAUCUCUACCAGCUCACCUCUCGCCUCAUCUGUUCGGAGGCUUCAAGUGCCCUGUGUGCUCCAAGUUUGUGUCCUCAGAUGAGAUGGAUCUUCACCUGGUCUUGUGCUUAACCAAACCCAGAGUGACAUAUAACGAGGAUGUCCUGACCAAGGAUGCAGGAGAAUGUGCAAUCUGCCUGGAGGAGCUGGUACAGGGAGACACCAUCGCUCGCCUGCCCUGCCUCUGCAUCUACCACAAAGGCUGUAUUGAUGAGUGGUUUGAAGUAAACAGAUCAUGUCCGGAGCAUCCAUCAGAUUAAAGCUUUUUUUGCACAGGUACUCAACAAUGUGAGGGAUCUACAAGAUGAUGUGUGGAUCCAGGGAGACUGCUGGACACUGUGAUCAGUUUAACCCCCACCCCCACCCCACCCAAUAAUGUAGUACCACUGUGUGCCAAAUCUCAUUUAAGCAAUCUUCAGGGAUACAGACUUUUGUGUUUAUGUUUGAGUUGCACAUCUACGCUCAGUCUCAGACUGGAUGGAUUGAUCUCCACCUCACAUCCUCUCCAGCCCUGACACUCAAAGCCACACAGGACGUUGUGGCAGGCAGGGCUCUUCUUCCUGAGUGGCCAUUGGACAGCACAUGUCAGCUGAUUGUACACCAGGAUACUGGAGGAGGUGGUGGACAUGGUCCUGGAGGUGGGGGCGGGGUGGAGGGGGGGGUGAGUCGGGCGAUGCGUGGAUUAUCCCUCCCCCUCUUACUCUGUCCCUCCCCUCCUCCUUCAGCAUCAGUGUCUACCAGUGCCUUGUUGUUAUGAUGCCCAGCCACGACAGGGCAGGACAGAGGAGUCCAGACUGUCAGCAGAGCCAGCUGGACCAACUGGACGGACUUGCGGGACCAUCUCACCACAACUGCCAUUCUACCAGUCCAGGAGAAACAAGCCAGAGACAGGACAGCGGCAGAAAUAUCUGUCUGCGUAAGCAGCUCGGACAUUUUUAAAACUGAAGCUGCUGCAAACAAUGGUGCCAAUCAACUGUGAAUAUCGUCGAACACUCACACUCAAUCAUCAGUGCUUUUUAAUCAUAUACCAUGGAGUAGAGGUCUUCAGGUACAAAAACCUGCCUCCAAAUCUGAAAUGGAUCCUUGACUUACCAGCCUGAGCCUACAGUAGAGUAUCGCUGCUACCAUGACAUACAAAUAUGUAACCACUUGUAGAUCCCUCUCACUUUGUAACAUGAUACUUUUCUUGUUAUAAUGACAUGAUGCAAGCAAGUUUCUCUGAGAACUUGUUAUGAGGAGAAACUGUUCUUGUUUAAAAAGUUUUGUUGAUUUUUUUAUAAUAACAGGCAAGUUUUGUGAUAUAACACGAUAAAUUGACAUGUUAUAACAAGAAAAGUUUGUUCUUAAAAUGAAAUAACUUGAUUUUUAGUUACAGCAAAAAAAAGUAUAAUUUUAUAACAUGAACGGGAUCUCAUAACCAGAAACAUUUUUACACAGACCAGAAAGUGAAAAUGUGUUUUUCAUUUCUUUUUUUGUCUAUUUUGCUUUGUGCUACUCCAUGGGGUAAAAGCUUCUCUUGUUUUCAUAAUGUCUGUAAUGUAGUCGUUUAUGUAGGCUGUGUAUUAAUUAUAGCGUUUGAUCAAUCAUUUAAGUUGCUACAAUUGAUUGUUUCCUCAGUGUGCAGGUUCACUGAUUAUCAGUCUUUAAAACAGGUCAGCAGUGUCAGGUGCACAGGAUUACCACAAAUCAAACACUGUCAUACAGAUGGAGAGCAGAAUGGGUUUAAUAUGUUAAUGAAGAAUGAAAAUGAGAUCUAGAUUUAUUUUUUUUUUAAUUAAAAAAAAUAAAACAAAACCUAAUGUAGAUAGAAGUAUUUUUGUGCAGCAAAAAGAUCCACUUGAAAUCCAAAUUUCUAAUUUCAUUGUUUUAUUCUCUACUUUUUCCAUAAUCCUUUUGUAGUGCUAUGACACAGUUUUUCUGUGAGUGAGUAUCCGUUUUGUCUUGUGUAGGACGCAAGGAUGUAGGCGACAUAGGCAACAUGAUGCACAUUCCUGCCAAUGAUGUCUCACUGUUCCACUGAUCUGCAGGUGGCAAUACAGCCCAGUCGCCAGAUAUAAUGUUGGCAUCUUCCAUUUCUAAAAACCACGGACACAUUUCAUUUGUAGGUUUUUAUGUAGUGGAUAAAUUGAUCCAUUUAAACAUUACGUUUUAACAACGCUGUGGUUAAUGUGUGGUUAGGUUUAGGCACAAAAACAGAAAUGUUAUGACUAUAACCUCUGUUACCUGAAGGAGAGGAACAAGAUACAACCCUGCUGUGCAGCUGGGCUUGGUGAAGAGCAGCUAUCGAACUGAAGAAUGACUGUGGUGAUGGAUGUGUAUAUACAUAUGUGUGGGCGGGGCCUCACAUACGUCACCACAGGUCAUCUGAUUUAAUAGGCGUGAAUAGAAGUGUCUUCAGGUAGGUCACAAGGGGUGUGAUAUCCCAUAGUAUAUGUGUUGUACCAAUCGACUGAACAGGAACACUUGGUUAUGGUCAGGAAAAGAAGUACCCAGUUUUGGUGGCACAGUUACCUCUGGGAAAGCAGCGAUGUCUCGGUAAGAAACAACUACUUUUUGUUGCACAGGAAGGCAACACAGUGACAGGUCGCGUAAGAACACCCACAUUUUUUGGCUAAAAAGCUACUCGAAACACAGCGAUGACUCACCAGGACACAACAGGUUUUGUCGUUUGUCAGUCUCCAACAGUGACCUGCAGCUUGGCAGGCAUUUCACUGAGUGGACAUGCCAUCCUCUAUCCCCUCCUCCCCCUGAAGACAAAGUCACCUCAUAUACUACAUCACUUUAGAAAUAUGAUAUGUAUGAAAGGUGCAAUUGUAACAUUUGUGGUUUGUAGAAACACACAGUGCCAACAUUUGUUCUUGCAACUGGGUUGGGCAGAUAUGCAGCAAUGCACCAGCAAAGGCAGUAAAUAUGAAAGUAACCAAGGCAGGCUUUGUAUUCAUGAGAAAGGAAAUGUAUUCAUUACAUUUGUCAGGGCCGGAGGAUUUGCACAUUUUUGGUGAAUGUAAACAAUAACUCCCCAGGGGGACUGUAAUGUGAUCCCACACAGUUUCCUUGUACUCAACUCUGCAGGUUCCAUUUCUCUGACAGUGUUUGAAAAGUUCUAAUUUUGUGUACAUGACACUGCUUCCUGUAUGUGUUUAAAAAAGCUUGGACUGUGAUAAUGACCGAGCCUGCACACAGAGGAAGGAAUCAGCAGAGACACCUGUGCUUGUCACAGUUACUUGAGUGCAUACCAGUUGGAACUGCAGACUUGUUCUACUAAACCUGUUAUGUACAGGUUAUGGGAGAAGUUUCUAUGGUUGUCGUCCUGCAGGAAGUCAUUGACUUGCUUGGCUGGUGAUUGGUCGACUCAACUACAACAGACUGGUCUCGGGUUCAGGCAGCAUACAGACCCAGCACUAAGUUAAGUUGGUCAAGGACUGAGGGACACUGAAUGAGUGGACUUUUAACACCACCAAUGUGUUAGUUAAGGCUUUCAUGGGCUCAGGUUUGCCUGAAGACCUCUACCAUGGAGGAGCUAAUGUGUACAGAUUUUUAAUCUAGUAGAAAGCGAUCACAGAUGAUUUCAUCGACAAGCUCAUCAUCCACCAGAGAAUAUGAACUCAUCAGUGAAAUCACCAAGUGCAGAUCCCAAAGCUACAAUGGAAUCCUUUAUCUCCACCAACUCCCUUUUUCCAUUACGCAGAGCCUAAUGCUCGUCCCACCACCCUGAAGACUAUUUUUAUACUGGAAAAACAAAUGAGCUGCUUCACUGUAACAUUAACAGCGACUUUAAAGGCAAUCCUGUGGAAUCUCA